AUGGCCUUCUCCCAGCUCAACCUCCCGCCUUCCCUCGAAACGAACCGUAUAACAGCCCUGCCGCCCUCGGCCUACUACAUUGCGGAUUUCAUCAGUGAAGAGGAGGAACAGCAGAUUCUUGAAAAGGUUGAGAGAGCUCCCAAGGCAAGAUGGCGUCAACUCACCCAUCGCCGACUUCAAACAUGGCCCUCGGAUCUGGUCAAAAAUACCCUGCUAGAUGGCCAACCACUACCAGACUGGCUGGAAGAACCCGUCAUCUCGCGUUUACUUUCGGUUCCAGUAUCGUCGUCCUUGUCCGGUAGCAGUGACGGUGACAAAGAGAAGAAGCAGCAGCACAUCUUUGCGAACAGCCCCCACGGCCGACCCAACCAUGUCCUUAUUAACGAAUAUCCUCCCAACACGGGCAUCAUGCCGCACAAGGACGGAGCGGCCUACCACCCCGUGGUCUGCACAGUGAGUCUCGGAUCUAGUCUUUGCCUCAACAUCCACAAGGCCAAAGAGGAUGGGGCCCUCGACUCGGAGCCCGUAUGGAGAAUUCUCCAGGAGCCGCGCAGCCUGUUAAUCACAACCGCGGACCUGUACACUGAAUAUCUCCAUGGCAUUGACCCCGUUUCGACCGACGUGAACAUGUCGGAGCAGACUGUUGCCAACUGGGGUCUUCUCCGCGAGCCAUCACUGUACGAGAACGGGCAAAACCAGAGGGGAGUUCGGUUCAGCCUCACGUAUCGCGAUGUUCUGAAAGUUUCCAAGCUAGGGAGCAAGCUCGGUCCCAUGUUCAAUCGUCGUCCGUGA